AUGGCACACAUUUAUUAUUUUGUUUAAAUUAAUAUCUACAUGGAAGGAAUUUUAAGUUAAGCUAAACAAUAUAUUGGAACUAUCAAUCAGGCUGCGAAAUACUAUACAGUUGACAACAUUUUCAUCCACACUGGGUAUAGAAUCAACUAUUCUACUCCUUGGCUAAUACUAAAAUCACUCUUUUAGAAACAUAAUGAACUUAUCAAUGUUUGGACUCAUAUUAUAGGAUCAUUUCUUACCCUCCUGUUAAUAAUAUACAUUGUUAGUUAUCAUUAUGAUUAUAGAAAAAGAUUAGAAUAAGACAUUGAUCAAAUAUUUAGUUUUAAUUCAACUCAAUAUUCAACUUCAAUUAACAACCAAAACAUAGAGGCAGAUAAACUCAAAUACGAAGAAAUUUUUAAUAAAAUUGAUCAUUUUCAAAAUUCAAUGCUUACUUCUGAAUCUUACAAAGAGAUUGUUCAUUUAAUGAAAAUUACAAUAGAAAUACUCCAUUUUGAAGAAGUAAAAGAAUACACAAUUGUAUUCUAAAAUAAAUUUAAUUUAUUUAAAGAUAAAAUAAUAUAAGAAAUCGACAGUGAACAAUUCGAUUGGGUCGAAAUCUACAAGCAUGACUAUUCCCAUACUUCUAUUUUGAAAUAAGAACAAUUUCUCAGGAAAAAUUCUGAUCCUUAUAAUGUUUCAAGAUGGCCCAUAGUUGUAUUUUUGAUCAGUGGUUUGAUGUGUAUGACAGGUUCAGCAUUAUUCCAUCUUUUUUAUUAAAUGAGCGAAGCAGCUAAUAAAUAUCUUAUGAGAGUUGAUUAUGGUAGUAUUUCACUGCUUAUUUUGGGUUCUUGCUUUCCUCCAUUUUAUUAUGGAUUUUAUUGUGAUACAUUUUUGAGAUACUUUUAUCUGAUUACUGUUGGAUCAGCUUGUUUGGCAGCUUACAUUGUUUCUAUUUUUGAUUUCAUUCAUACUGAAAAGUGGAGAAAAAUUAAAGGCCUUAUGUAUGGAUCUUUAGGGUUAUUCGCAGGUGUUCCAGCUUUUCACCUUUACUUAAGAGAAGAGGAUAUUUCAGAUUAUUUACCAUUCAAACACUCAUUUAUAUUUUAUAUUUUGAUGGGAUCAAGUUACUUAUUUGGUUUGGCUUUGUAUACUUUAAGAAUUCCUGAGAGGUUUAUGCCAGGCAAAUUUGAUAUUUUUGGUCAUAGUCAUUAAUGGUGGCAUUGUUUUGUUUUUUUAGGAGUCUUUUUCCAUUAUUUUGGUUCUAUAUACAACAUGGGAGAUAGAAAAUUUACAUUUUGUCUAAUUUGA